UAAUCAGACAUUUUCCCCCCAACUGACGAAUUACUAAAACCCCUUGCUGCUGCAUCUCCCUGUCUCUGUGGCCUUCAAUUUCAAUGGAGGAAGAGACUGUUCAACAGUAUCUGUACGAUACUCUAAGCCCUCUUUCAUUCUCCGCCGUCGCUACCACCGGAAGCGAGGAGCAACUCUCGCCUUCCGAUAACCUCGAGCCCUACGCCGUUUUCCGCAACGAGAUCUCUCUCUCUACUUCUCAUUCUGCUCCGGCCGAGACUGCAGCAACCGAGUUUUUUGCCCUUGAUGUUGCUGCUGACAACGUGGAGGAAAUUUCGGGGUUUUCUACUCCUUUGGCGGUUACUUCGGUUCAGGAAACUGAGCCUAGGACGCCGGAAUGUGAGGAUCAGUCGAUGCUUGAAAGUGGGUGGUUCCGUGGCAAUGGUGGAUUCAAGAGCCCUAUGCUACAGUUGCAUAAAGAAAUAGUUGAUUUUUGUGAGUUUCUAUCUCCAACUGAAGAAGAACGUGUUGCACGAGACAGUGCAGUUGAAAGGGUUUUUAGUGUAGUCAAACACAUAUGGCCUCACUGUAAGGUUGAAGUUUUUGGAUCGUUUCAGACAGGGCUUUAUCUUCCAACCAGUGACAUCGAUGUUGUUAUUCUGGAUUCAGGCAUCCCAAAACCACAACUUGGUUUGCAAGCUCUUUCCAGGGCUUUAUCACAAAAGGGAAUAGCAAAAAAGAUUCAGGUUAUUGGAAAGGCUCGUGUGCCAAUAAUUAAGUUUGUUGAAAAGCAAAGUGGUAUAUCUUUUGAUAUAAGUUUUGACGUGCAGAAUGGACCAAAAGCUGCUGAUUUUAUAAAGGGUGCAAUCAGUAAGUGGCCUCCUUUGCGUCCUCUGUGUUUGAUCUUAAAGGUGUUUUUGCAGCAGAGAGAACUGAAUGAGGUAUAUUCUGGUGGACUAGGUUCUUAUGCACUUCUUACUAUGCUUAUGGCCAUGUUGCAGAGUUUCAACGUGUCCCACUCUUCUCUUGAACACAAUCUGGGAGUCCUUUUGGUACAUUUCUUUGAUUUUUAUGGUCGCAAAUUGAACACUUCUGAUGUUGGUGUAUCUUGCAAUACGGGAGGCAUUUUUUUCUCGAAGAGUAACAGAGGAUUCAUGACAAAAGGACGCCCAUUUCUUCUUUCCAUUGAGGAUCCUCAGGCACCAGAUAAUGACAUUGGCAAGAAUUCCUACAAUUACUUCCAGAUAAGAUCUGCAUUUGCAAUGGCCUUUUCAAUCUUGACAAAUGUUAAGACCAUUUUAGGUCUUGGUCCAAACCGAAGUAUUCUAGGCACAAUAAUCCGACCCGAUCCAGUCUUGUUGAAGCGAAAAGGUGGCAGAGAUGGAGAAGUGACCUUUACUUCUUUACUCCCUGGAGCAGGGGAACCUAUACAACAACAACCAGAAUAUGGGGAUGGUCAGGAGAUGCUGUGCAAUUGGCAGUUCGGCGACGAUGAACCAUUGCCUCGAGGGAACGACGCAUCCAGGAAUUUGGAUACGCCGUCCUCUAAAAAAAAGAGAAAAUCUCGCUGCGAGAAGUCGAGAAAUAAGGACAAAGAAAACCAUGGGAGUAGUAAGCGCAGCAAAGAGAAGAGUUCGAGGAAGAAACGAUGGAGAGAGAACGGGAGUGAUGGCAGAAGGUCUCCUUGGAAAAGAUAACUCAUACAGUUUAAGCACUGGAAACAGCUGCUGAUGAAGGUCUCUCUGCGGCCAUUGCUGGAGAUUGUUGUGAUAUCAGUGUACUCAACCUGGAGGUGGAGGAACCAUCCUAGUCUCUACUCAGGUACAAAUUUUGAUACCAUUCAUUAUGAUCUUCUGAUAUUUAUUUAUCAUUUCUUCCAUGUUUUUACCAUUCACAUGUAUCCUCUAGAAAUAUAUAACCAAAUUAGUGUUCUUGUUAUGUAUCCUAACUUUAUUGAUCAAACACUUACAAAUAUAACCAUCACAAG